AUGCUGCGUGCCAGACGGUGCGGCUUCGGCAGCAGAGGCUCCAUUGCAGGCUUUCAGCGCAGCAGUCCCCCGGGGACGGGGGCCGCCCUCUCGGCGGGGAUCGCCUGCCCGUGGGGCGCCGACCGCCGGGCCCUGGCGCACUCCCCCGUGCAGCUCGCCCCGCGGAGCGGAGCACGGUGCACGCAGAGCUCCCGAGUGGUCCAGCGGGCGGCUGGCGAGCACGUCCGGCUGCGUGCCAAGUCCGUCGAGGACCUGCGCCCCUGGCUGGAGGCCCUGCGCCCUGGAUGCUCUACACAGGAGUCCAUCCAGGAGGUGGUAACCGACGUGUGUCUGCAGGUGGACACCAUCUUCGGCGUGCCCAAGCUGCGCGAGCCAGAUCCUGAGCAGACCUGCGCUUAUUUCAUGCGAGCCAGGUGGAUGGGCGAGACCAUGGAGAUUCGCGCAAAAAGUUGUCAUCCUGAGCCUGGGAGCACCCCUUACGUGGACAACGGGAGUAGCACUCGCAAUGGCAUUCAGAUGGCUUGUGCUAGCAUUGCGGCGGGAUUGAUCAGCGGCGGUGUUGGCAACAGCAGUGCGAGCCACCGCAGUGGUGGGACGCAUAUGGGCAGUCUUCCAGGCAUGCUGGAGCUCUGUUGAGGG